AUCUGCACAGAUUAUGGUGAAACUAGAGAUUUGUACUAGUAGAUUAAGAAAAUGUAGUGAAAUAUCAAAUUACAACUACCGCCGAUCACGCACUAUAUUUCAUUCAAUCGGAAAUUACAGAGUCGGUUCCCGCAAAUCUUCAGCAGCCAAAAGCCGGUUGUGUUUACCUUGCUCUUGCGUAUAUUAAAAGGGAUUUAAAUUUUGCUAGAAGGGGACUUAGACAGAUUAUUCAGGGAGUUGUGGCACCUUAAGCCACCAUGACUGAAAUUGAGUCCUACCAGAAUAACACUGGUGUACGGUGGGACCCAGGCCAGAUAGAAGAUGACUUUGAUGCUGCAGCUAAUUCAGCAAAGUUGUUUGAGAGGUCCAGAAUUAAAGCUCUAGCAGAUGAGAGAGAGUCCGUACAGAAGAAAACUUUUACAAAAUGGGUAAAUUCCCACCUGAUCAGGACAGGCUGCAGGAUCGCAGAUCUGUAUAUAGACUUGAGAGAUGGAAAGAUGCUGAUGAAAUUGCUGGAAGUGCUGUCUGGAGAAAGACUGCCAAAACAAACCAAGGGAAAGAUGAGAAUUCAUUGUUUAGAAAAUGUGGACAAAGCCCUACAGUUUCUGUAUGAACAGAAAGUUCACUUGGAAAAUUUAGGUGCUCAUGACAUUGUAGAUGGAAGUUCUAGAUUAACUCUAGGUUUAAUAUGGACCAUAAUUCUUAGAUUCCAGAUCCAAGAUAUCACAGUAGAAGAUGCUGGAGAUACGAGUGAGACAAGGUCAGCUAAAGAUGCCCUAUUACUGUGGUGUCAAAUGAAAACUGCAGGAUAUCCCAAUGUUAAUGUCAGAAACUUCACAACAAGCUGGAGGGAUGGUUUGGCAUUUAAUGCUAUCAUCCACAAACACAGACCUGACUUAAUCCAGUAUGAAAAACUACAGAAAUCUAAUGCCUUGUACAACCUUAACAAUUCUUUUGAAGUGGCUGAGGACAAACUUGGUCUUACAAGACUUCUUGACCCAGAAGAUAUCAAUGUUGAAUUUCCUGAUGAAAAGUCUAUUAUUACUUAUGUUGUCACAUAUUACCAUUACUUCUCCAAGAUGAAGGCUGAAUCUGUUCAAGGAAAGAGAAUAGGAAAGGUAAUUGACAAUGCACUGGAUUCUGACAGAUCUGUCCAAGAGUAUCAAACCUUCACCUCUGAUCUCCUGGACUGGAUAGAACAGACCAUUGUUAUUCUCAAUGACAGACAGUUUGCCAAUUCUAUGUAUGGUGUUCAACAACAGUUGGCAGCAUUUAAUACCUACAGAACCAGAGAAAAACCAAAGAAGUUUGAUGAAAAGGGGAACUUGGAAAUAAUGUUGUUUACUAUCCAAAGUAAAAUGAGAGCAAACAAUCAGAAGCCUUACCUUCCCAAAGAAGGUAAACUGAUCUCUGAUAUCAACAAAGCCUGGGACCGACUAGAAAAAUCAGAACACGAAAGAGAACUGGCCUUGAGAGAAGAAUUGAUAAGACAAGAGAAAUUGGAACAGUUAGCUGCUAGAUUUGACAGAAAAGCUGGCAUGCGUGAAACAUGGCUUAGUGAGAAUCAACGUCUGGUGUCACAAGAUAACUUUGGCUUUGAUUUGGCUGCUGUAGAGGCUGCGACAAAGAAACAUGAGGCAAUAGAGACUGACAUUUAUGCUUAUGAAGAACGUGUUCAAGCUGUUGUGUCUGUGGCUAGUGACUUACAACAAGAAACCUACCAUGAUAUUGACAGAAUCAAUUCAAGAAAGGACAAUGUACUGAAAUUAUGGAACUACUUGAUAGAACUUCUCAAAGCCAGACGUCUUCGUCUGGAACUUUCGCUUGGCAUACAGAGAAUCUUCCAAGAAAUGUUAUAUAUUUUGGACUGGAUGGAAGAAAUUAAGGCAAGGUUGUUAUCUGAGGACUAUGGUAAACAUUUGAUGGGUGUGGAUGAUCUCUUACAAAAACACAGUCUGAUUGAAGCAGACAUUCAUGUUCUAGGAGAGAGAGUGAAAACAGUCAACACACAAGCCGACAGAUUUGUUGAUGGGGACUUCUCAGAUGUUGGAGGCUAUCGUCCCUGUGAACAGGAAGUAAUUAAGGAACGUAUGAACACCUUAGACACUGCAUAUGAUGAACUGAUAGCCUUAGCUGCUGAACGUAGAGCUCGCCUGGAGGAAUCGAGAAGAUUAUGGCAAUUUUAUUGGGAUAUGGAAGAUGAAGAGGGAUGGAUCAGAGAAAAAGAACAUCUUAUGUCAUCACCUGAUCUGGGUCAUGACCUCACCAGUGUUCAUCUUCUUCUCAAUAAACAUAAGGCCCUGGAAGAUGAGAUGACUGCCAGACAUACCCACUUGGAAUCUGUCUUACAAAUCGGCAAUGAUCUCAUCAACGCAGGUAAUUUCGGAGCUGAUAAGGUACAGCAGCGUAUUGAUGAGAUCAACCAACAGUGGGAUAGUCUGAUGGAUCUAGCUGCAUUCCGUAAGAAGAGGCUCCAUGAGGCUGUUGACUUCUAUCAGUUCUUUGCUGAUGCAGAUGAUGUUGAUGCCUGGAUGAUGGAUACACUAAGAUUAGUAUCCAGUGAAGACGUAGGCAAAGAUGAAGCCAGUGUUCAGUCAUUACUAAAGAAACAUAAGGAAGUGACAGAUGAACUAAAGAAUUAUGAAUCAACAAUACAAGCCUUACAUGAACAGGCAGCAAGUCUUGGUGAAGAGGACUUGGAGAAUCCUGAAGUACCAGCUAGAUUAAGCCAGGUUGACAAACGAUACCAAGAAUUAUUAGAACUGGCCAAACUACGUAAACAGAGACUACUAGAUGCUUUGUCCUUGUACAAACUCUUCAAUGAAUCUGAUGGUGUGGAAACAUGGAUAGAUGAAAAGGAGAAAUUCUUGACCACAAUAAUAGUUACAGAUGACAUUGAGGAGCUGGCAAUAAUGAAGCAUCGCUUUGAUAGUUUCGAACAUGAGAUGAAUGCUAAUGCAUCAAAGGUUGCUGUAGUUAACCAGCUCGCUCGUCAACUUCUCCAAGUGGAACAUCCAAAUGCUGCUGAGGUUAUUGAGAAACAGAAUGAGCUUAAUGACAGUUGGAAUGAGUUGAGAGAUCUUGUUGACCAGAAACGUGAAGACAUCAACUUAGCCCAUGGUCUACAGAAUUUCCAUAUUGAAUGUAAUGAAACUAUCAGCUGGAUCCAUGAGAAAUCUAAAGUUAUUGAAUCCACAGAUGAACUUGGAAAUGAUUUGUCUGGUGUCAUGACAUUACAGCGUCGUCUCAGUGGCAUGGAGAGAGAUUUAGCAGCCAUUCAGGCUAAGCUUGAGUCCCUUCAGAAUGAGGCUGAUAAGUUACAGGAUGAGAAACCAGAGGAAGCUCAAGCCAUCAGAGAAAAGAUUUCUGAAAUCAACAAUGUCUGGAUGGACCUCAAGGAAAUGUUGAAAGAACGUGAUGAGAAACUUGGAGAGGCUGGUGAAUUACAGCGUUUCUUGGGUAAUUUGGACCACUUCCAACAAUGGUUGUCACGUACACAGACAACUGUAGCCUCUGAAGACAUUCCUAACAGUUUAUCUGAUGCUGAAAAACUACUGAACCAACAUCAACAGUUGAAAGAUGAAAUUGAUGCUUAUUCUCCAGAACACGCCAAAAUGAAAGAAUUUGGUGACAAAAUCACUGAGGGACAGGAAGAUCCACAAUACAUGUUCCUUAGACAGAGAAUACAAGCCCUUGAUAAUGGCUGGGAAGAACUUCUACAGAUGUGGGAAAAUAGACAAAAUCUUCUGUCACAAAGUCUUAACUUACAGAUGUACUUACGUGAUGCCAAACAAGCAGAAGUCUUACUGAACCAACAAGAAAAUUUCUUAUCAAAAGAAGAAGUUCCUAAUACACUUGAAGCAGCAGAAAACCUGAUCAAACAACAUGAAGCUUUCAUCACAACUACUGAUGCUAAUGAUGAGAAGAUUAAUGCUGUACUACAGUUUGCUAAUCGUCUCAUUGAAGACAAUCACUAUGCUGCUGACAAAAUACACAAAAAAGCUGAAAACAUCAAUGAGAGACGAGAUGUUAAUAGAAAUAGAGCUGGUGAUCAGCUGGACAAAUUACGUGACCAGUUGUUGCUGCAACAGUUCUUACAAGAAUGUGACGAGUUGAGAGACUGGUUACAUGAUAAGAUGGCUGCAGCUCAGGAUGAGACCUACAGAGAUGCUAAGAAUCUACACAGUAAAUAUGUCAGACAUCAAGCCUUUGAAAAGGAAAUCGCUGCUAAUAAAGACAGACUUAUGAGGCUGAUGAAGGCUGGAGAAGAUCUGUUACAAGAUAAACCAGAAACAAGAGAACAGAUAGAACCAAUUCUAGCCAGUCUAAAUGAGCAGUGGGAGGAACUGGAACGUACAACAAAGGCUAAGGGAGAGAAAUUGUUUGAUUCUAACAGAUCUGUACUGUAUGAACAGAGUUGUGACGAUAUUGAUGGAUGGAUGGACCAAUUAGAAUCACAGAUUGUCACUGAGGAGGCAGCUAGAGAUCUGACAACAGUUAAUCUUCUCAUGCAGAAACAAAAUCUUUUGGAGUCCCAGAUGAAAAUGAAAGAACAACAGGUGACUGAGUUAGAUGAACAGGCUGUAAUCCUGAGAAAGAUUGACCCUAAACAGGAAGCCAUCAUUGAAAAGAGAAAAGCUUUGGUUGCUGAAAGAUUUGCUAAGAUUCAGCAGCCAUUAGUUCAACGUAGAGAGCAAUUACAGAAAGUUAAACGUAUUCAUCAGUUUAUAAGAGAUGUAGAAGAUGAAAAAUUGUGGAUCAAUGAAAAAAUGCCACAAGCCACAUCCAGCCAGUUUGGCAAUAGUUUACUUACAGUUCAAAUGCAUGUGACUAAAAAUCAGAACCAAAAACCAGGCGACAGAAAGUCAUUACAAACAGAGAUUGAAAACCAUGAACCUAGAAUUAAGACUGUGGUGGAUGUUGGUCAAGAACUCAUUGAUGAAGGACACCCACAGUCAGAGGAAUUCAAGGCUCUCAUUGAGGACCUAUUGAAUCACUGGCAAGAUCUGAAGGAUGCUGUUGUUAAACGUAAUGAUAGAAUCCACUUAUCAGAUAUUGCACAACAGUAUUAUUAUGAUGCAUCUGAAGCAGAAGCUUGGAUGAGUGAACAAGAACUUUACAUGAUGGGUGAUGAAAGGGCUAAGGAUGAAAUUGGUGCUCAGAACUUUAUGAAGAAACAUCAAGUAUUAGAGAAUGCUGUAGAAGAUUAUGCUGAUGUUGUCCGACAACUUGGUGAAAAGAGCCGAGCACUUAUUGAUACAGACCAUCCUGAAAGUGACCAAAUAGCAGUAAGACAGUCCCAAGUAGAUAAACUAUAUGCUGGUUUGAAGGACUUAUCCAGAGAAAGGAAGAGUAAAUUAGAAGAAGUGUUGAAAUUAUAUGUACUGAAUAGAGAAAUUGAUGACUUAAUGCAAUGGAUAGCAGAAAGAGAAGUUGUUGCAGGAUCACAUGAAUUAGGCCAAGAUUUCGAACAUGUCACGAUGUUAAAGGAAAGAUUCAAGGAAUUUGCUCGUGAAACAGAAAGUGUUGGUUCUGAACGUGUACAAGCUGCAUAUGACAAUUGUGAUCAGUUAAUAGCUGCGGAACAUUCUGAUGCAGCUGCUAUAGCUGAGUGGAAAGACAAUUUAAAUGAAGCAUGGAAUGAUUUACUGGAAUUAAUAGAUACACGAACACAACAAUUACAAGCUUCAUGGGAAUUACAUAAAUUUUAUCACGAUUGUAAAGAUCUUUUAGAAAGAAUAUUAGAAAAACAAAAUUACAUCCCUGAUGAGUUGGGCAGAGAUGCUCAGAGUGUUGCAGCACUACAGAGGAAACAUGCUAAUUUUGAAAAUGAUUUAGUAACAUUAGGAACACAAGUGCAGUCAAUACAAGAAGAAUCGGUAAAAUUACAAACAGGUUAUGCCGGUGAUAGAUGUAAGGAAAUCAACUAUCGUGAAGAGGAAGUAGUGAACGCAUGGAAAAAUCUUCAACUUAAUGUUACAUCACGUAAAAAUAAACUUGCUGAUGCUAGUGACUUGUAUAGAUUCUUUAAUCUUGUUAGAGACUUGUUAUUAUGGAUGGAAGAUAUCAUCAGACAAAUUACUACACAAGAAAAACCAAGAGAUGUGUCUGGUGUAGAAUUAUUAAUGAACAACCAUCAAAGUUUAAAGGCAGAGAUCGAUGCUAGAGAAGAAAACUUUGCCAUCUGUUUGAACUUGGGCAGAGAUUUACUGGACAGAAAACAUUACAGAUCUGAUGAGGUUAGAGAAAAGUUAAUUGCAUUGACCACAAGAAGAGAGGAUAUGUCUGAUAACUGGUCAGAAAGAUGGGAAUAUUUACAACUUAUUUUGGAAGUAUACCAGUUUGCCCGAGAUGCAUCAGUGGCUGAAUCAUGGUUGAUGGCACAGGAUACAUACUUAAAUAACCAAGAUCUAGGUCAAAAUCUAGAUGAAGUAGAGAUCUUGAUAAAGAAACAUGAGGCAUUUGAAAAAGCAGCAGCCACACAAGAAGAGAGGUUUAUAGCCUUAGAAAGAUUAACCACAUUUGAAAUGAAAGAGAGGGCUAAAGAAAAAGAUGACCCAGAGAAAUACAGAUUAGAAAAGGAAGAAAGAAGAAGGAAGUUGAUUGCAGAAUUUUUACCACCACCAAAACCACCUACACCAGAACCUAUAGUAGAACCUGUCGUCACUGCUCCAGUAGAAAGUGAAAUACAAGCUGUAUCAGAUGAACAUAUUGCUAAAGCUGAUGAACUAGAUGGAGCUAAAGCUGAACCAGAUGAAGUAGCCUUAAAUUCUGAGGCCAAGAAACCUACUGUUGUCAUAUCAGAACCGGAUAUGCCAAUGACUCGCAACGGUGAAGACCAACCACCAGUAGAACAGAUACCAGUUACUGUUGUCUCCUCAAAUCUCCAAGGAGAACCACGUCGAGCUGGAAGGGCGAGCUCAAAAGCAAGCCCAAAACCAAGUCCAAGUAAGCCAGAGAAGAAACGAUCACGUUCCAAAUCACCAUUUGGGAAACUGUUUUCUCGUAAAAAAGACGACCCUUUGCCAGCUUUCCUAGGACAAGAACCAUCAGCUAGUGCUAGUGAGGCUGUACACCAGGAGGGUACAUUAACACGUAAACAUGAUUGGAUUGCAGAAGGCAAACGAUCCCAGAGCAGAUCCUGGGACAAAGUACAUGUGGUGCUACAUGGUAAUACAAUAUCCUGUUACAAAGACAAGAAGAUUGCCAAACAGGACCCUGAAAAUAGAGUUCAUCAUGAAUCAGCAAUAGUUUUAAAUGAUGCUACAUGUAAUAGGGCUAUGGAUUACACCAAAAGACCAUUUGUCUUACGUGUCCACCUUCCUAAUGGUGGAGAAUAUCUCUUCCAAGCUAAAGAUGAGGUUGAAAUGGAACAAUGGAUACAGAUGAUAAGCCAAGGAACUGGUGCCGAGGGAACUUCCAGAAUGCCAACUAAGUCUCAAACACUACCAGCUAGAAUGGAAACAGAUAAGAAAGAAGAACACAAGAAGAAAGGAAUAUUUACAUUGAAACGCAAAUAAAUUGAACAUUUUGUUAAACCGCUUUGUUAGGAAUCUCACAUCUUAAUUGUUUAUUCAUAAUUAUGUUAUAGGAGAAAUAAUAGGAUCGGACCCAGAGAGAUUGAGCCAGUAAAUUUUAAUAUGUUAUCCAAGAAUGAAAUUAAGAAUAAAUAAAUUUAAAGUAAAUUUCUUUGCUCAAGAUUUAAAGUUCCUAUAAAUGUUUAUCUCUAUAGUGAAGUCCUAAGAUGAGAUUCCUGCCAAAGUUAUGUGGUGGCCUUGUAUGUAACGCUGAUGUGGGAUAGAACAAUAUCAAAACAUAAUUUCUACAUUUUUCAUGUUGAUUGUUGUCUUUACAGAGUAGCUCUGUGCUUACGUUGUAUGGAAGAGUGAAUAUAUCACCCACAUCAUAAAGAUCAAAAACUUGGAAUAAAUGUGAACAAAUAUUGAUAGACUUGUCAAAUCUUCAAGUGAAUAUGGGGACAAAGUGCAUUAUUUAGUUUUUGUAUAUAAAGCUUUUUUUAUUUGUUUUGUAUGUAGACGAUGUAAAUUAGUGUCCACUUUUAAGUUAAACUUGUUUUUAUUGACCGUAGUGAUCCCCCUUUUUAAAGAUCCUAGAUCCAUCAUUAAACCAAUUUGUUAUGUUUUUAUUACUAUUUAAAUUUUUUAAAUCUAUUAUUUUUUUUCUGCUCUUUGCUUUAAGCCAUAAUAGAUAAUAUAUAUAAUUGUUAAACAAAUUGUUAAAUCAUUAUCAUUUAUAUGUUAAUCAGCUUAUCAGAUAUGAAACCAAGUGUUGUGUCCUCUCACUUGUGCAGCUAGUAUGUCACGUUGUAGUCUGCUGUUUUUUCUUCAUUGGUGAUUUUGUUUUACUUUAAAAUAAAUUAUUUAAAUAAAUUACUUUAUAAUUAAUUCAGCAAAAAACUUAACUUUUUACAUGUAGCUGGGCAUUUAGCAAACUAUAAUUGUAGUUCUAUUAUAAUAUGAAUGUAAUUGCUAGACCCCUAUAGUGGCAUGCUAAAAUAUAACUUGUUAACUUUUGGUAGGUUGUUUUGAGCAAAAAUAUUGUAAUAGGAUGAAAUUAACAAUUUUGAGGCAUUUAUAAAUUUAUGAAUUAUGAAUUGGUAACUUUUACAUAACAAAAUGUUCUUUUUUACAAAGUGAGUGUGUUCAUAUUAGGUGCACAAUAUAGAAAAUGUUUUCCCCCCAAACUAAACAAGAAAUAUGUAAACAAGAUGCUUUCCUGGGAUGGGAUGGAUUCAUUGCAUUAUUUAUAGUUAAAAGGUUGUAUUUGUAAUACUAAUCCUACAUCACAGAAGGAUGCCAGCUUCAUGGGGUUUUGUAUUGCUUGAAUCAUGAAAAAAUAAAAGAAUUACAAUAUA